AUGUUCAACAGAAAAAUCACGAAUAUUUCAGACGAAAAGUACAAGAUACCUCGUAGUACGGUAAUACUGAAGCUAAAGGCUCAUCGUAAUAGCAACGUACAUGUUACAGGUCUGGUAGUAGAUAGCCCAAUCAGAGACGAAGAGGAAAUAGAGAAUAUGCUUUUACCUUCUGGAGAAGUCAUCAAGAAAAAGAGACCGAUAAUACACAGUUCAAGCAGCGAUGAAGAGGAAUUCUUCACGGAAGAAGAAAAAUCUGAAAAUACUACAGGCGCAAACAUCAUAAGCUUCGAGAGUUCUCUACCCGAAAAAGAUGAUUUUGUUUCAGUUGAGUACGAUGGUGAUUACUGGCCGGGCAGGUGGUUACAAGUAGAAAGUGAGGGAGCUUUUAUAAAAUGCAUGGCAAAAUGUGGAAAACUGUGGAGAUGGCCAGAAAAGGAGGACUGCAUAUUUUAUGCCAAAAACGAAAUUAAGCUUUCCGUAAAUGCUCCAAACCAAGUUUCAACAAAACGUCAUCCUUUCAGUGUCCCUGCUCUGAGCUUGCUUAAUUAG